ACUACCGGAAUGGGAACCCCCUCCCCUAAAAAAAGAAAAUAUUUCUGCUGAUGUACAGAAAUGUUGGGGUGGGCGGGGCUAUUAUUUAAGUGAUGAGGAUUUUUUUUCCGCUAACGUUUGCAAAAUAUCAAAGAGUUUUUUUUUUUUUUUUGCAUGAGAAUGAGCAGAAGGCGCUUUGGGAGGGGGCGGGGUUAAAAAAACUGCAAUUCAAUACGUCCCGAUGACGGCCGCGGCUCACAACGCACAAAAACAAACGACAAAAGACAAGCACACUCGACUGGUGUCCGGUUUCAUGAUGGCGAAGUCGACGGAGGCGCUGCUUGUCCCUUGUGUCUCCGAAAGGACGGGACAAGGAAAACGCGGCCCGGUGUAUUGAAAUAUUUCUGCAGUCAUCGGAUCCAAGGUGUCACUAGCACGCCGCUGACGUCACUCUCCGCACUUUGGUAACCUGAACGCCUCACGUACGAGCACCUACCCCGCGGCUGGCGUCGCGUUACCUCGGGUUCCGCUCGCUCGGUGUCGGCUUCACCCUCAAAUCGGCGCUCGUUCACCUUCAGGACGCUGACAUGAGAGAAACUAGGACAAAAGCCGGCCUAGAUUCCGAGCACGCGGUGCCACCUUGCGACUCUUCGUUAACUGCUAACGAGAGCCUAAUUAGUCGGUUAUUAUAGGAAUGUAACCUUGUUUCUAUUUCCAGCCAGCCAGGCACAAUUUCCUCAUUUUUCCUCCUUGGCUACACGCCUGUAGUUGUUCUAUUAGACACACAUUUCCUUCUUGCUCUACUCGCGUUUUUUUGGGAAAUUCCCAUUUGUACGGGUGGACGCACCACUCGGUGCUCCGGCUGUGCUUGAAAUCGCCGCAUAUGACAAUCUCCGACAAAAGGAUUCAAAUGAGUUUUAAAAGGACAAAUCCCAGUGGCGAACCGGUUUCAAAGAAAAGGACACAUUUGUGAGUUAGCGUUACCUCAAGAUAAAAAUCUACUGAGAAAAGACAAAUCCAGCUAUGCUUUUUUUGAAUGAGGCGUCAAGGAAGCCAACUAUGUUCAGCUAGAAACGUCGUCUCCAAACAGACGAGGAGGCUAUGAGGCUUUACUCAAACUGACUUCAACAUGUCCAAGUCCAAGGGCCUGUUUUGGAUACCUCCCUCCUCCAACACAUCUGAUUCAUAUGAUCAGGUCAUCAGCAAGAAGUCUGAAAACGAAAUCAGGUUUGUUGGGGGGGGGGGGGGGGGGGGGGGGAGAAGCUAUCCAAAACAGGCUGGGAAGCCCUGGACGAGAACAAUGUCCUGACAUCAUCCCCCCAGAGAACUUGGCUUUUAAUGUGAAGUGUGGCCGUAACAAGCUUGCUUGGCCACAAGACGUUUGAACAACUGAUCGAUAUGCCGGAUGUUUCAUGAACCAAACAGCCUUAUCGUUGCAUAAAAAGUUGCUCCAGUUGCUGACGUAGUUUGGAAGUAGGUCAAGCUUUUCGUGAAGCCAAGUCGCACGGUGCGGAUAUACGGCCUUAGCGCAUUAGCAUGUUAGCAUGCGAUUCCAAACACAGCCAAGCUGACGACGGAUGUCCUCCACAGCAUUCCUCCUUCACGUGACCGCUGUUUGAUUUGUUGAAAUGUAUUUAUGUAUUAAUCCCGGUGUGAAGGCAUGUGACGUCCACGACACUUCUUUUUUGUGCACUCAAUAAAAUCUGCCGCAUUGGGCAUUCCACUCGUCUUGUGUUGCUUUCUCUGCUUUUGCUCAGAGGGAAAGUCAAAGUUUCACUAACAACUGCGACAAGCUACGACAUAGUGCUCAUUGCGUUUCUACCAUUGAGCUAUCUGACCUCUUCUUACACCCUUGAGACCACCACCAGGCUGCUGGCGAAAUAGGGACAUGCAUGUUUUUGGAAUGUGGGAUGAAACCGGAGUACCCGGAGAAAACCAACGCAGGCACAAGGAGAACAUCCAAACUCCACACAGGAAGGCUGGAGCUGGAAUCAAAACCUGCACCUCUACAGUGAGGCUGACGUGCUAACAGGUCGAUCACCGUGCAGCCCAAAGGUAAAUAUAUUCAUUGAAAAUAAACAUAUUGCUUGUAUUUAUUCUUUGUAUUCAUUCUAUUUUAAUUGUUUGUUUUCUGAUGUGCAGCUGCUGAGGAUGUUUUUUACAGUGCUCUUGAAAAACUUGAGGAAAAGCCUGAUGUAUUUGUUCGAAUUGGUUUGACAUAACAGAGAUGAGAAUGAGUCAGUUCUUGAUUAUUAGUUUUUAAAAAGAGACAUAUUGUUGGAAACGCGUCCGAUUUCUGAUUUCUUUGUUUGAUAAGCAUGUUGACGCAGGCCGCUGAUUCCAAAUGCUCCAUUGACCUACUUGGAAAUGCGCCGACGGUUCUGAGUUCUAUUGCUUUUCCUGUCACCUGCUACUGUCAAGACGCGCUUGACGGACGGAAGUGAAAGGCACCUUCCUUCACAACAAACGUUACAGAUGUGACAAAUGAUGAAAUUGCGUCAAAGGAGAUUACGAGGAGCACCGCUGCGAUGGGCGCGGCGCCGGCGGACCCAUGAACGGGGGUGGUGCGGGCAAGCUGGCAGACCCCAAUGAGGACCCGCUGCCGGGGGUGGACACCUACAAGAACUUCAACACCAUCGACUGGGUACGGGAGAAGAGCAAGGGCCGCGACAGACUCCGAGAGAUUCAGAGCAAGAGCAAAGAGUCGCUGUGGGCUCUGCUACUCAGCAUCAGCGACGCCUUCUCGGGAUGGCUGCUCAUGCUCCUGGUGGGCCUCAUGGCAGGCGCGGUGGCGGCCGCCAUUGACAUUACGACCCACUGGCUGGCGGACAUGAAAGACGGAGUCUGUCUGGUGGGCUUCUGGUAUAACCACGAGCACUGCUGCUCUAAUUCCAACCAGACCACCUUUCUGGAGUGGGACCGUUGUCCACAGUGGCAGAGCUGGGCCCAGCUUAUCACCGGGACCUCACAGGGUGGAGUUGCCUACAUGGUGGACUACCUCAUGUACAUGUUCUGGGCUCUUCUGUUUGCCUUCCUGGCCGUGGCAUUGGUCGGGGCUUUUGGUUCGCACGCGAGCGGCUCUGGAAUCCCCGAGAUCAAAACCAUCGUGAGUGGUUUCAUGUUCCGCGGCUUCUUGGGCAAGUGGACGCUGGUCAUCAAGACGGUCACGAUGGUUUUGGCCGUUUCAUCCGGGCUCACCGUAGGCAAGGAAGGGCCGCUGGUCCACGUGGCCUGCUGCUGCGCCAACGUCCUUUGUCACCAUUUCACCAAAUUCCGCCAGAAUGAAGCCAAGCGGCGAGAGGUGCUGUCUGCGGCCGCCGCCGUCGGGGUGUCGGUGGCGUUCGAAGCUCCGAUCGGCGGCGUCCUGUUCAGCUUGGAGGAAGUGAGUUACUACUUCUCCCUGAAAACGCUUUGCCGUUCGUUCUUCGCCGCCCUGGUGGCCGCCUACACGCUGCAAUCCAUUAACCCGUUUGGCAGCAGCCGUCACGGACCGUUCCAUGUGAACUUUCACGCCGACUGGCACCCGGUGGAGCUGGCACCCUUCAUCCUCUUGGGGAUAUUCGGAGGCCUGUGGGGGGCGCUCUUCAUCAAGGCCAACAUUGCGUGGUGCCACACACGUGAGUGCUCCUGCGUGCCGGCGUGCUUGAGAGUUGGUAAGCACUCGCGCGUGUCCGUUCAUCCCCCUACAGGCAAGUCGACCCGUCUGGGCCGCUGCCCGGUGAGGGAGGUCCUGUUGGUGGCGGCGCUGACCUCCUUGCUGGCAUUCCCAAACAUCCACACCAGGAUGAGCGGCGAAGAGCUCCUUUCCAAACUCUUCGAUGAUUGCUCGCUGUUCAACUCCUCGCUGCUUUGUGGAUACCAACAGCCUGCCAACACAUCCCAAACCGGUCGGGGGAACAAUACGGCGAGUCGGCCGGCCGGAGAAGGUCUCCGCACGGCUUUGUGGCAGUUGGCGCUGGCCUUGCUCUUCAAGAUGAUCAUCACCAUCAUCACUUUUGGCAUCAAGGUUCCGUCAGGCGUGUUCAUCCCCAGCAUGGUGGUGGGUGCCAUCGCGGGACGGCUGCUGGGCGUGGGCAUGAAGCAGCUGGCCUACCACCACCACGACUGGAUGCUCUCUCGAGACUGGUGCUCGCCUCACAGGGACUGCAUCACGCCGGCCCUCUACGCCGUGGUGGGUGCCGCCGCGUGCCUCGGUGGCGUGACGCGCAUGACCGUGUCCCUGGUGGUGAUCAUGUUUGAGGUGACGGGCAGGCGGGAGCACAUCAUGCCACUCCUGGCCGCUACCAUGACCAGCAAAUGGGUCGCAGACGCUUUUGUACGGGUGGGAUUCGAUGAGGCGCUCAUCCGUCUAAAAGGCUACCCCUUCCUGGAGCCUAAAGAUGAGAUUGAGCACAGCAGUUUGGCCAAGGACGUGAUGAGACCCAGGAAGUCGGACCCCGCCCUGGCCGUCCUUACGCAGGAUGGAAUGACGCUGGGUCAGGUGGAGGCGCUGGUGAAGAGCACAUGCUUCAGUGGUUUUCCUGUGGUCGUCUCGCAGCAGUCCAAGAGGUUGGUGGGAUUCGUUCUCCGAAGAGAUCUACUCGUAGCCAUAGAUUAUGCCCGUCGGCGGCAGGAGGGCGUGGUCAGUGCGUCCCAGGUGCUCUUUAGACAGCAUGCCCUCACACAGCCCCCUAAAGCCCCGCCUCACCUCCGACUCCGGGGCAUUUUGGACCUCAGCCCCUUCACCAUCUCUGACCGUAUGCCCAUGGGCAUCACUGUCGACAUCUUCCGCAAACUGGGCCUGCGGCAGUGCCUUGUUACGCACAACGGGAGGCUUCUGGGCAUUAUCACCAAAAAGGACAUUGUCAAACACAUGGCGCAGAUUGCCAACAGAGAUCCCGACUCCGUUUUCCUCAACUGAAUGAGGCCGAACACCCGCUUGGAUCCCGUGCUGCUUUUUGCGCAUGAGACGAUGGUGGCAACGAUGCACUCUGUUUGGAUGUCAAAGACCAGGAAAAAAAAGGGGGGGGGGGAUUUUUUUCCCCAUUGUUACGUGGGAGCAGCCAGAUGGAAGCCUCUGGAAUAUUUCACAUCUGCUCCAUUUUUUGUUGUUGUCGUCCUUCUUUUCGGUUCCAUGUGAAGGAGUUAGCGGCCUCCUCUUCCUCCCCCUCCUCAUCCUUCUUCCUCAUCCAGUUUGCAGAGAAUUUGUGAGCAGAUAGAAUCCGGGACGUCAGAGAAGAUAAAGUUUGAGUGAGGAUCCCAGUGCAUGCCCCAUGGUCGUCAGUCGAGGCCAGAUGGAGCGCUCAGUCGGGCCUGACGGGAUUCUCUGCCCGCCCCUCCUCCUUCUCGCAGGCUGCCGAUGCCUCCAGUGUGAGAAAGAGACGCAGGCGUGAACAAAGCGAAGCAAUCAUGUCAGCUACCACAUGUAAAGAUGGUUCACCCCACUAAAUUAUUCCUCUGUCCUCCUAUGAUGGCUGCCUGAUUUUAGAUUUUCCCCAGUUCUUCUUCUCCGUGAACCAGAUCGCCAUACGGCAGCUCCUCCAGACUCCGACAAAAAUUAUUCUGCGCAAUUGUAACGCGUCCCAGGAUUAGCGGGAUUCUGCGGGCUUCCUCUAUGUAACCGUUUGGAAUGCAAGACGCUGGUGUGGCUGUUCUUUGAGUGACCCCGGCUGGACACGGCUCGCGUGUCGGGUGGAGAGGAAGUGAAAAGUCAAGAAAAGGCUCUUCUUCCACAUGUGUUGAGCCGCGUGUCCCCGUGAAGGACUUGAGGCCCCGUUGCCGUGGUAACUGUUAGACUGCAUUUUUUUUUGCAGGGGCGUCCUUAUUUUCACUUUUAUUUUGCCUCAGAGCGCCGUUUUGAGGUAAAAAAACGUAUCAAAGUGUUUCAUCGAGUCGUUGUAUUCUUCCACCGACAGAGUUGCUCUGCGCGUUUUAUUACUGCGUAUGUUGACAAACUUAAUUAAAAAGCCUUCGGGACCACUAAAUGUUCUUUGAAACCGACUAAAGUCAUAAAUCCCACUGUAGUGGAAAUGAACCGCUGAAAGUGAGACAUUUUUGAGGUCCGACAGAAUUAUGCUGGUGGCUGGGGGCGUGGGGGCUCGUGAAAAUGGCUCAAAUUAAAAGCCUGAACGUAAUUCUUAGUUGCACAAUGUUUCAAUGGCUUCAAGUGAUUUGGUAGAGUGCUCCGACCAUGUCAGGUUUGAAGGGCGUUUUCUCCAGACGCCUGAGUAUUU